UCGUCCCGACAAGCUCAUAAGAAGUUUGCGAGUUGGAGUGAAGACGUCGUUGAUAAAUCGUUUACUCCGAUAGUUAAGCAUAUUUGUUAACGAUGCAGAUCUUUGUGAAAACCUUAACUGGUAAAACCAUCACUUUGGAGGUUGAGCCCUCUGAUACCAUUGAAAAUGUGAAGGCUAAGAUUCAAGACAAAGAGGGAAUCCCACCUGAUCAGCAACGUUUGAUCUUCGCUGGUAAACAAUUGGAAGAUGGCAGGACUCUGUCGGACUACAACAUCCAAAAGGAAUCUACACUUCAUUUAGUAUUGCGUCUUCGUGGAGGUAUGCAGAUCUUUGUUAAAACCUUGACUGGAAAAACCAUUACCUUGGAAGUUGAACCAUCUGACACAAUUGAAAAUGUCAAAGCCAAAAUCCAAGACAAGGAAGGAAUCCCACCAGAUCAACAACGUUUGAUCUUCGCUGGUAAGCAAUUGGAAGAUGGCAGGACUCUGUCGGACUACAACAUUCAAAAGGAAUCCACCCUUCAUUUGGUAUUGCGUCUUCGCGGUGGUAUGCAGAUCUUCGUUAAAACCUUGACUGGAAAAACUAUUACCUUGGAAGUUGAACCAUCUGACACAAUUGAAAACGUAAAGGCCAAAAUCCAAGACAAGGAAGGAAUUCCUCCAGAUCAGCAACGUUUGAUCUUUGCUGGUAAACAAUUGGAAGAUGGCAGGACUCUGUCCGACUACAACAUCCAGAAGGAAUCUACUCUCCAUUUAGUAUUGCGUCUUCGUGGAGGUAUGCAGAUCUUCGUUAAAACAUUGACUGGAAAAACCAUUACUUUGGAAGUUGAACCAUCUGACACAAUUGAAAACGUCAAGGCCAAAAUCCAAGACAAGGAAGGAAUCCCUCCAGAUCAGCAACGUUUGAUCUUCGCUGGUAAACAAUUGGAAGAUGGCAGGACUCUGUCAGACUACAACAUCCAAAAGGAAUCUACCCUUCAUUUGGUAUUGCGUCUUCGUGGUGGUAUGCAGAUCUUCGUUAAAACAUUGACUGGAAAAACCAUCACUUUAGAAGUUGAACCAUCCGAUACAAUUGAGAACGUUAAGGCCAAAAUCCAAGACAAGGAAGGAAUCCCCCCAGAUCAGCAACGUUUAAUCUUCGCCGGAAAACAAUUGGAAGAUGGCAGGACUCUGUCUGAUUACAAUAUCCUGUCUGACUACAACAUCCAGAAGGAAUCCACUCUCCAUUUGGUAUUGCGUCUUCGUGGAGGUAUGCAGAUCUUCGUUAAAACCUUGACUGGAAAAACUAUCACUUUGGAAGUUGAACCAUCCGAUACAAUUGAAAACGUCAAGGCUAAAAUCCAAGACAAGGAAGGAAUCCCCCCAGAUCAGCAACGUUUAAUCUUCGCCGGUAAACAAUUGGAAGAUGGCAGGACUCUGUCUGAUUACAAUAUCCAGAAGGAAUCCACUCUCCAUUUGGUAUUGCGUCUUCGUGGAGGUAUGCAGAUUUUUGUGAAAACCUUAACUGGUAAAACCAUCACUUUGGAGGUUGAGCCUUCUGACACUAUUGAAAAUGUCAAGGCUAAGAUUCAAGACAAGGAAGGGAUCCCCCCAGAUCAGCAACGUUUGAUUUUUGCCGGUAAACAGUUGGAAGAUGGCAGGACUCUGUCUGACUACAACAUCCAGAAGGAAUCCACUCUCCAUUUGGUUUUGCGUCUUCGUGGAGGUAUGCAAAUUUUUGUAAAAACCUUGACUGGAAAAACCAUCACCUUAGAAGUUGAACCAUCCGAUACAAUUGAGAACGUUAAGGCCAAAAUUCAAGACAAGGAAGGUAUUCCUCCAGAUCAGCAACGUUUGAUCUUCGCAGGUAAACAGUUGGAGGAUGGCAGGACCUUGUCUGAUUACAAUAUCCAAAAGGAAUCUACAUUACAUUUGGUUUUGCGUCUUCGAGGCGGAAUGCAGAUUUUCGUGAAAACUUUGACGGGAAAGACUAUCACUUUGGAGGUGGAGCCAUCGGACACAAUUGAGAACGUAAAGGCUAAAAUUCAAGACAAAGAAGGUAUUCCUCCAGACCAGCAACGUUUGAUUUUUGCGGGUAAGCAAUUGGAGGAUGGUAGAACUUUGUCGGAUUAUAACAUUCAGAAGGAGUCCACCCUCCAUCUAGUGUUACGUCUGCGUGGUGGUAUGCAGAUCUUCGUAAAAACUUUGACGGGAAAGACUAUCACUUUGGAGGUGGAACCGUCUGAUACAAUCGAGAACGUUAAAGCCAAAAUCCAGGAUAAGGAAGGAAUUCCACCAGAUCAGCAGCGUUUGAUUUUUGCUGGCAAGCAAUUGGAAGAUGGCAGAACUCUGUCUGACUACAACAUCCAGAAGGAAUCAACCCUUCACUUGGUUUUACGUUUGCGUGGAGGACAGUAAACAUUUACAAAAUUUUCUUCUAUAACUAUAUAUUAUAUGUACCUUUAGACAAGACUGUAAUAUUUUUUUUUUAUUAUUUCAAUUAUAUAUCUAAACUCUAAGCAAGACGCGUAAAAUAAAAGAAGAAUAAAUAACAAUUCAUUUCAAUCCAA